AUGCCUGAUGAAGGGUUAAGUUUUCCGAAAGUUCAAAAGCGCGCUCGCAUCACAGAAGUAUGCUCGACCAGCCCGUCACCAUCAGCAGAGCAAUCCCAAGAAGUCAAAACUCCCACCACAACCCCGCCUCUAACCACACCACCCCCACAAUCCCCAUCAGACCACGAGCUGAAUGUCGAAGAGGAACCUGAGGAGUCAGAAACUUCACUUACUCCAGAAAACCUGUCUAUGAAGGAGGCCAGAAACGAAGAACUUCCCGUGAAAAAAGAAGAAGAGAAAUGGGAGAACAAUGACUAUAAAUACAAAAUGUUCAGGCGUAAAGAAAUGGCCGAACCGGUGCCAGAAGAAAGCCAUUACCAGAACCAGAAAUCCCCUGUCGAUGUCUUGAUCAAAGUCUUUCCUAGACGCAGUCGGCAGGAGAUAGAAGCUAUUCUUGCCAGGUGCAAGGGCGAUGUCGUAGCUGCCAUGGAAAUGAUGAUCAAUGGCCCAGAAACACCUUAUCAGGAGUCUCCACCAUACCUUCAGAAUUACCAAUCGAAAUCCGCCUUUUCUCCCCUGUCAAACCAAAGCUUCAAGUUUUCUCCAUCUAGAAGAUUCCUCACUCCUCCUUACAGUGGGACAGGGUACCUUCCAACCGUGAUACGGCCGCCUCCAGAGUACCUUUCCUCGUUCAUGCCACCAUCGGAGCUGAUGUAUGGGCGACAGCUUCAAGUGCAGUCCCCUGGCACUUCUCCCACGUCAGAUAAUACUAAUAACGAAGGAUUUUCCGAUUAGGGGUACCUGAAUUGGACAGUUCUUUAAGAGCUAGGUUCUUCGUCUAUUGAUUUCGGAAGCGAUGAGCAACUAUUGGCGGACAUUAUUGUUAUGGUAGUGAUAGAUUUGAAGUUAGUUAUUAGUUGCGAAGGUGGUUUUUGAGCGGAUAUGGAUUACAAUUAAAUGUGGAUUUUAAAAAUGAGUAAUUUAUGACUUAAAAUCCAAUACUCGUUCUAAUUGAUAAUUAAAUUUAAAAUCAGUUCGCCAAAUGAAAACUGCAAGUCAUCACGUGUAAGAGAAUAGAUAUGGAAAGUUUCGAUGUUGAAAUAUAAUAUUUUACUUAAUGUAAGAAAUAUUUGUAACAAUACCAGAAAUUAAUAAGAUGAAGCAAUAAAGACAAACAUUAAUUUUCAGUUUUUAGUCUUAAUAAUCAGUGUGUUCAACUUUUACCAUCAUAUUUUCAAUUUAAAAUCCAUUAGAAUUACGGUCGUAAAUAGCUUGUAAUCUUUAUCCUUCUAAUAUUCUAAAGUCAAUGUAUAAACGAUAUUAAAUAAGCUAUUAAUAAAUAAAAAUAAUAACUCUUUCCAAUUUACAAACAAUAUAUAUCUGCCUAAAAAAUGAAAGAAAGUGCGCCAUUAUGCAACUGUUAUUCAAUUACACUGGCAUGUGCAAUCAAACAUGUAAUUACUGGGAAUUAUGGUCUAAAUGAUAAUAUCAAUGUAAAUGCAUUAACUUGUUCAAAGUUUUGACCAACGCGGCAAUUACGACUAAUUGGUACGUAAACUAAAAAAGUUAAAGUAAAAGUCAUAAUUGCCACAACACAAACGUCACUAAAGUAAAAGCCAUAAGAGUUGCCAUAAACAACAUAAGUAACAAUAACUUUUACCGUUACUGUUAGUGAGAAAGUCCUCAUAAUUAGGUAGUCGAACGCAGAUCGCGGAAUGCCUGAUGAAGGGUUAAGUUUUCCGAAAGGU